GAUCAAGGACGAAUGCGUCUAAAAAUGGAGAUUAAUGACGGUAAAACGCUCAAUUUAUGUAAUUUAGCAGGCACAAACAAAUGGGUAAACAAGUAUGAAAAGUGAAGACAAAGUACUAGAAGGUAUCUUUGUCACUCUUUUUUAAAGCCCAUGUUAAAAGUGGAGCCAAGCAUAUUGUCUUUGUAACACGCACCCUCUUGUUUGCACAUGCAUGACAUCUGCUGACAGCUGAGUACAGCUCUGUUCCAUCAGACUCCCCAUAAAACAGCUGCAGACUGAGUUAUUCAUCUGGCAAACAGUUACUAUAACGUUCUCAAAGUAUAAUAAAAUGCUCAGUUUUGUGUAUCUUUGAAACAAUUGUUUAUGGUUUUAAAUGAGAAGCAUUCCUUUGCUGUGGUGGGAAAGUAAUGUCCCGGAGAAAACUGGGGCUCUGGGUAACUCAUUUGCUUCUCUCUUUUGGUGAGCGUUUAGAUCUGCUCUAAAACAACAUACUUUUUGGAAGAAGACUUUCCUUGUGAAGAGAUUUGCCCAGAGAACUUUCUUUGGAAUUCAUCUCUGAUUUGUUGUUUGAAGGUAACCCCACCUUCCUGUUGAUAUUUAGCUCCUUUUUUCUUUAGGAUCCACUCUGACUAAUUGAAAACAUGUUGUCUCUUGAUGAACUGCUCCUUCAGCAGCUGUGAGUUCUCCAGGUUUGGGUAUUUUGACAAGCUGCAAGUCGAUUCUGGAUUGUCCAAACAUGGGGGGUUGUCUUUGUACAUCUACAGUGUAAUUCUGAAGAUAGCUGAUCGGCUUCCCUGGAUUUCGCCAACAUUUCUGCCUUGUUUUUCCUGAAAAUGGAAACACUGGAGUCAGAGCUGACCUGUCCAAUCUGUCUAGAGCUUUUUGAGGACCCGCUUCUCUUACCCUGCGCUCACAGCCUUUGUUUCAACUGUGCCCACCGAAUCCUGGUAUCCCACUGCACCCCCAGUGAGCCAAUUCAGUCCAUCAGCGCCUUUCAGUGUCCGACGUGUCGCUAUGUCAUCUCCCUCAACCAGAGAGGCCUAGAGGGACUCAAACGCAACGUGACCCUGCAGAACAUCAUUGACCGCUACCAGAAAGCCUCCCUGAGUGGACCCAACUCUCCCAGCGAGACUCGCCGGGAGCGAGCCGGUCCUGAACAAAAAGCCAUGUCGUCCCCCGCUGACCGGGUUCAGUGUCAGUUCUGUGAGCAGGACCCUCCGCAGAAUGCUGUGAAGACAUGCGUGACCUGUGAGGUGUCCUACUGCGAGGAGUGUCUCAAGGCCACCCACCCAAACAAGAAGCCUUUCACAGGCCACCGGCUGAUCGAGCCGUUCCAGGAUUCCCACCUCAAAGGGAUCAUGUGUCUGGAGCACGAGGAUGAGAAGGUCAACAUGUACUGUGUGACGGAUGAGCAGCUGAUCUGUUCAUUGUGCAAACUUGUCGGCCGGCAUCGAGAUCACCAAGUGGCAGCUCUCACUGAUCGCUAUGAGAAACUCAAGAAACCCCCCCACCGCUCUCUCUGCAUGGGGCCUGAUCGCUCACAGCAGGAGGCAGACCAGAAAACCUUGGAUUCCAACCUCAGUAAUCUAAUCAAGAGGACCAGCGAGCUGGAAAACUUGAUGGGCAAACUUAUCCAAACAUGCCAACAAGUGGAGGUGAAUGCAUCAAAGCAAGAGAAAAAGCUUCAGGAGGAGUGUGACCUGCUGGUUAACAUCAUACAACAGCGGAGGCAAAUCAUUGCAGCCAAGAUAAAAGAGGGAAAGGCUAUGAGGCUGAGAAAGUUAGCGCAACAAAUAGGCAGCUGCAAGCAGUGCAUCGAGAGGUCAUCCUCCCUCAUCUGUCAUGCUGACCAAACCCUCAAAGAGAGCGACCACGCUUCCUUCCUUCAGACGGCUAAAAGCAUCUGCGAGAGAGUGUCUAUGGCAACAGCCUCCUCUCAAAUCCUGUUACCAGAAAUUAACCUGAAGGAUGCUUUUGAUACGUUCACUUUGGACUUCUCAAGGGAAAAGAAAACAUUAGAAGGCUUGGAUUACUUGACAGCACCAGAACCACCGAUGAUCCGCGAAGAGCUGUGCACAGCCUCAUAUGACACAAUCACGGUUCACUGGACAUCGGAUGAUGAAUUCUCGGUUGUAUCAUAUGAACUUCAGUACACCAUCUUCACUAACCAGUCUAAUGUUGUCAGUUUGUGUAACUCCAUUGAUAGCUGGAUGAUUGUUCCAAACAUCAAGCAGAACCAUUACACUGUUCAUGGACUCCAGUGUGGGACCAAGUACGUUUUCGUUGUGAAGGCCAUAAACCAGGCUGGACAUCGCAGCAGCGAACCAGGAAAACUCAAAACCAACAGUCAGCCAUUUAAAUUGGAUCCAAAGUCUGCUCAUCGGAAGCUUAGAGUGUCUCAUGACAACCUAACAGUUGAGAGGGAUGAGACUUCGUCCAAGAAAAGCCACAAUCAAGAAAGAUUUUCCAGCCAUAACAGCUACGGAGUCACAGGAAAUGUCUACAUUGACAGCGGCCGUCAUUACUGGGAGGCUCUGAUCGGAGGAAGCACCUGGUUUGCCGUGGGGAUUGCUUACAAGUCGGCACCAAAGCACGAGUGGAUUGGGAAAAACUCAGCCACCUGGGUUCUGGCUCGCUGCAACAACUCAUGGGUUGUCCGUCACAACAGCAGAGAAAUUCCCGUGGAGCCUUCGCCACACCUGCGGCGGCUCGGGGUGCUGUUAGACUAUGACUCUGGGUCUCUGUCCUUUUACGACGCCGUUGCCUCUCAGCAUUUGCAUACAUUUGAAAUCAGCUUUGCCCAGCCGGUGUGCCCAGUCUUCAACGUGUGGAACAGGUGUCUGACCAUCCUCAGUGGGCUGCCUGUGCCUGAUCACUUAGAAGGGACGGACUACAGUCACUGAGGACACCUGAAGGACAGAAAUGAGAGUGAAGGAGUACAAAAAAAUGAUACUCAUUGGAGUUAUUUAAGACAACAAUAAUAUGCACUUGCCAUUUUUGUGUUUUUUUUUUGCUUUGCACAUUAGGUAUUUGCUGGGUGUUUUAAUGCUAUUCUUAUAUUUUUUUAAAUCUAGAUAUUUGUAAAUGGACUCCAAAUAAUAAUUUUUACUAGUAUUUUGGUAUUUUGAAACUCUGACUGUAAUAUGGCUCCCCCCUUUUACUCACAUCCUAAUAUGAUGAACCAUUAAGAAAUUAUUUUCAAUUUUGUUUUUGUAUAUUUGUGUAUUGGACUACUUUAAUUCUUUGGUUUUUAAGUGUUUGGAUUUUUUUAAUGAUGCACUUUGAAGACAAAAAUUACCACCAUGAAAUGUGAACCAUUUCUUCCAUCAUUGCUAACGUCUGUGCUCUGGAAAAUGCACUCAGAAUAAAAUUAAUUAUUAAGAAAGCAAUAAAAGAAAUUCCCUUCACAAGCUUUACCCUCCUUCGACCUAAUGUUUUAUUGUAUUUAUUAUUUGCAAAUGUGUUUCCACAGUUUAGAACUGUGAAAUAAGUCAUCUCACGACUAUUAAAGCUACGAAGCUAGACCACCAAUUUUUUAUAUAUACUGUAUAUAUUUUUUUGACAAAAUCCAAUGAAAGAAAACCUCUUGUGAUGUAACCAGCUAACAUUUUCACUGCAGACAAAAAUUCCUUUUGCAAAAUUUAUAAAUUCAUACAGAAAACAAGAGCUUUUACCACCUCUUGAUGUUUACACACUUUUACUUUUAAUUUCUCAGGUGGAUUUGAAGAGAUUUUUUACAACACUGUGCUAAGAAAACAUUAGGAACAUGAAGAGAAAUGUCAAAAUUCUGGCUAUACGGUACUCUGACCUGAACUGAGCCAAAAUGUCAACCCUGACAGAUUCACUCUGGCAUCUCUUUUUGUACUGGCAUAAUUUGCCUUGAAUUCUGUAGCGUCUCGUUUCAACAAAGAAGACAAGGGUUAAAAAAAAAAAAAAA